AUGUCUGGCAAAGGAGGAAAGAUUCUUACUAUUGUUUUUGUUUCCGUCUUGAGCUGGUACUCGGGGUUGAAGUUCUGGAAGCCUAUAGUGAUAGAAAAAUUACAAGAAGAAGGAAAGUUGCGUACAGAUAUAGAUAUCAACUACGAUGGAGAUGAUACGCCAGCGUCGUGGGACGAUUUGAAAACCAAAAUCAAGAUUGCCAUGCAUCCU